AACCCUAACAAAAACCAAAAAUACCUAUAAUACCUCUUCUUUCACUCUCAACUCAGCUUAGAGAGACUGAGUUAGUUAGAGAGAGAGAGAGUCCAUACUUCGACGGAUUCAUCGUCGGCGCCGGCGCCGUAGAUGGAGUCCCACAUCGAAACUAUUCUGUGGAACCAAAACCAGAUCGCCAGCCGAGUCACCGAACUCGCGGCCCAAAUCUCCGCCGACCUCCUCGAUUCUCCACCAGCUGCCUUCGUAGGCGUAGCCACUGGUGCAUUUCUCUUCCUAGCCGACUUAGUCAGGCAAAUCAAUCUCCCAAUCACCGUUGAUUUCAUCCGCGUCGAAUCCUACGGCUGUGGAACCGAGUCCAGUGGUAAACCGAGAAUCUCAUCCGAUUUGAAACUCGAUGUGUGUGGAAAGCACGUUAUCUUGGUUGAAGAUAUAGUGGAUUCAGGAAGAACCUUAGAGUGUGUGAUUGAACACAUGAAAUUGAAAGGAGCUUCGUGUGUAUCAGUGUGCACAUUUCUUGAUAAACCUUCUAGAAGAAAGAUUCAUCUUCAACUUGUUGGUCAGGCCAAAUUUUACUCUGGUUUUCAGUGUCCUGAUUAUUUUGUGGUGGGAUAUGGUAUGGACUUUGCUGAAUCAUAUAGGCAUCUCCCUUAUGUUGGUGUUUUGAAGCCUCACCUUUACAAAUGAUCAUAUUCCUAUGCUCAUCAACUAUUCACAUUGCUUCUAUUUCCCCCCCAUAUUUUUGUAAUCAAAUAUUGCUACAAUUGGCGUAACUAGUUUAAUGCUCGUCGAGUUCUUAGUGUUCAUUCUUAACCGAAAUAUCGUAGAAAUUCGGAUAAGUUAUCUCGGGGAUGAGUACCACUCCAAUUGUCUGCAGUGAUUAGUUUCUUAUUACAGAUUUUGUUUGGGUGUGUUUGAAAUGAUGUUCAAAAGCCAAACAUUAGAGAGAAUGCUUUUGUUGGUUGAAUAAUAUGUUAAUACUUCAAAAUUAUAAACUAAUUUAAUGCCAUGGCCGACUGUAACAUUAGGCUCCUUCAGAAAGUUCUGGUGUGCUUUUUAGGUGUUAUAAAACUCAGAUAUGAAAAUAAUUUAGUAGGAGUUUUUUCUUCUUUUA